AUGAGACUGACACCGACGCAGGAAGUUCGGCAAGCAAAUCCAGCGCCGACAGCUGGAUCUCCCGGAAUAUGCGGCAAGUUUUGUCAACUACAAAGCGCUGAAGAAGGUCCGUCUUCUGAUCCCCAUGCCACUGACUACCGUGCGCAAGCUGACUCGCGACAGCUCAUCAAACAACUGAGCGCCACCCCGACGAUACCCGCCCAGAGCGCCGCUGGCGAACCCCAAAAUGUGCCCGAGGCCCAGGCUGCUCUCCGCGCGAACAAGGAGGUCUUUUUCUUUCGACUGUUCUCGCUACGGUUGCGGACUCUGGUCGAUAAGAAGAGAGUCAUUCAGUCGCGGGCUGUGACUAAUUCGAAGGCUCCGGCCAAUUUUGUGGCGCUGUUCGAGGGGUUCCAGCAAUUCGAUGGUGACCUGAACAAGCUGCAGCAAUUUGUUGAGAUUAAUGAGACGGCCAUGUCAAAGAUCUUGAAAAAGUCGCGCAUGAAAGAACUCUAUCUGCAUCGUGCAGUCGAAGUACAGCCGUGUUUUAAUCGCGACGUGCUACGGGAUCUGUCGGAUCGAGCUACGACCGCGCGGCUAGAACUCGAAGCAUGGGCUGAGGGAGAGAACAUCCAGUUCGAUGCGGCUCGCCCCGCGGACCGCAUGGUCGUUCAAUCGUUUGGCCCCGAUGAAGAUGAUCUAGACAUGCAGAUCCUCCAAUCGGCCACGACGGGUAACCUCCAAACCCUGCGUGAGUGGACCGCCAAGCUGCAGUCUUCUCCAGACGCCCGUGAUCGUGCCACGCGGACCUUCCUUGCCGCCAUCAAUGAAUUCUCGGAUGACGUACUCCAAGUUCUUCUGGAGAGCGGCCUGGUGGACGUGUACGCGGAAGAUGACAUCAACGAGCGCAAUUGCCUACACGAAUCCGCCAUCUCAGGGCGGGAAUUCGUCUUCAAAGCCGGCCUUGCCGCGGGCGUUGAUAUCUCCCGGUCCGAUGUCUACGGCAGAAUCCCCUUGCAUUAUGCGUGCAUGCACGGCCGCGUGGAAAUGGUUCGAGAACUGUUGGCGGCCGGCCCUCACACGGUCGACAUGAUGGACCACGACAACUUCACACCAUUGAUCCAUAGCAUCGUGAAGAAUCAACUAGCCUGCGCCGAGCAGGUCCUGUGCAACAACGCUCGUAUUGAUCCGGCCUCAGAAUCCGAUCAUAUUCCCCUGAAUCUGGCGUGCCAGCAUGGAUCGCUCCCGAUUGUGAAAAUGCUCCUCGAGCGUCGAGCAAAAGUGCUCCCCGACGCAGAGGGCCUCUACCCUCAGCACAUGGUGGCACGCGCUUCACAGUCUCCUCAGCUGCUGCUGUUGCUCAAACAGCACGGGGUUGACCUGAACCAAAGGGACAAACUGUACCAGUGGACGCCCCUCUUCCAUGCGGCCAGCGAAGGCUGUGUUGACUGCCUCCGUACGCUUCUUGAACUCGGAGUCGACUCGGACGCCAUCGAUGAGAAGGGCCUCGCAGCGAUGUAUUAUGCUGCAUGGGAGGGCCAUCUCGAGUGCAUGCUCCUCCUGUGGGCCGAAAGAGCCAAGUCGAAACCUCCGCAAAGACCACUGGACAUCAUGAAUGGGUUGAAAUUACAAGGGCCCGGCGGUUCUGUGGACUCCCAGAUGACAGACUUUGCUGCGCCAGACAGCAUGGACACGGCGGAUGGGAUCCCAGACUUGGAAUUGCCGCCACCCAUCAUCCCGCUCCGGCGGUAUGGCCACAACUUUCUGGACAAAAAGGUGUUUGUCCAGAUCCUCUUCGAGCCGGGUAGCGCUGGCUCGAUAUUGUUUGACCAGGCGGGUCGUCAUCCGGCUGCUCGCUUGACCAUCUCGUCCAAACUGUCGGACUUGAUCCCGCGCACAGUCAUGCUGCCCAUCCAGGAAGACUCGCGGAUCAUAUCAUUCCAGAUCGAUAACCUGGAGACGUUCGCAGUGGAUUUCGAGAUCUUCCCUACGUUCGGUUCGAAGGUGAUUGCCAAGACCGUCGCGUUGCCUGUAGUCUUCAAAGCAGAGGAUUCCAGCACGGGUUCGUGUUGUCUGCCGCUGUUUGACCCUCGACUGCGUUCGAUCGGCCAGCUACGGUUUGGCUUCCAGGUCAUCAAACCCUACCACGGCGACCCGCUGGAGAUCACGCACUUCGCGACAUACUGGAAGGCCACCAGUGCAGUGGACUCGGAGCACAAUGGAUUGGUCACUGGGUCGAGUUUGACGGGAGACCAUGUGCAGCUGUUCGUGCAGCUCACGAAAGAUGGCGUCCCCAUUCUCCAUCCUCGAUUUACCGUGGACCACCACGGCAUCGAGAUCCCCGUCUGCCACCUCACGUUAGCCCAGUUCCGGGCCAUUGGCGCCGAGCGCGGCGUGGACCGGUCCGAGAUGAUCCAGUUCCUCCAAACUCGCGCAGUCGAAGACCUGGCUCAAGCACAUCGCGUGCUCGCCACCAGUUUUCUUUCGUUGAAAGAGGUUUUCCAGCAUCUUCCGCUCGGUGUCAAUGUCAAUCUGUCUAUUUUGUAUCCGUCUGCGGCCGAGGAGCGGGCGCUGAAUAUGACCUCCUUGUUGGAUGUCAACAGCUUUGCCGAUGCCAUUCUGACGGACGUGUUCGACCAGGCGCGCGUUGCACGAGAAAACAACCCUGACUUCAUGCGGUCGGUGGUGUUUACCUCGUACAACCCGAAUAUUUGCAUUGCUCUGAACUGGAAGCAACCCAAUUGUAAGUCCGCCACAACUAUUGACUUCCUGUAG